AUGUUUAGUCGUUCACAUUCGCAAACUACAACUCAGCCAGAGAUCUUAAAAGAUGGUAAUGACAAAAUUGGUAAAAAACAGGACCAAUCUCUGCAGAAACCAUCAACAAUGAAGGAACUGGUACAGAUUAGUAUACUAUUUCUAAUUGUCAGGGUCAUCCAAUAUACACUUGUCUUAGUUACACCAUUAUCCUCAUUUGAUAAUUCAACCAAGUUACUACUCAAUGCAUAUGUGUCUAAAGAAGAACAAAAUAAAUUCAUUAAUAGACAUUUACUUAAUAAGUUAUUAUCAUGGGAUUCCGUAUUUUUUGCAAAAGGUAUGAUGUCGAAAACAUCGUUACCUCAAUACGAACAUGAAUUCGCAUUUUCUAUUACCUGGACAACGUUUCUGAAAUAUAUAUAUAGGAAAUUGCAUUUAGCGAAUGAAGUAGGAACAAUCCCAUUUUAUAGUAUCCUGAGGAUGGGUAUCAUCUUAGAAAAUAUUCUCCAUUUCUCUUCAGUAAUUGUGCUCUACCAUCUAACAUAUCUCGUCUUCAGUCCAAAAUUAUCUACUGCUCAUAACAGAUAUGCGACUCAAAUGGCUAAGUGGACCGCUAUAUUACAGGUGUUCACUGGUGCGGGCGGAUUUUUAUUAGGAAUAUAUUCUGAACCAUUAUCAUGUUUAUUAUCAUUUGUAGGGAUGACAGCUAGAGAAUAUUGUACCAAGGACGUUACAUACAAAUACACAUUUAAAAACCCUUUCAAAUCAUUUAUACUUUACACGAUUAUAUCCACAUUAUGUUUCAGUAUUGCUACAUGGAAUAGAUCAAAUUGUAUUCUUCUGGGUAUCUUUUAUGUUUAUGACCUGUUGCAAUUGAUCAAGAUCAAAUCUUAUAGGAGGGCAAUCCAAUUUCCUUUAUUGUCAGGUCUUUUAAUGUUGAUUUCAAUUGUGAUCCAACAAUAUUAUAUCCCAUAUAAGAGGUUCUGUCCUGAAAGAGGUGAAUGGUGCAUGACAUCGUUUUUUCCUAAUAGCUAUUUGUCAUUUAUCACCAGGCAAUCAUUGUAUUCUUACAUUCAAUCCCAUUAUUGGAAUGUCGGAUUUAUGACGUAUUGGACUCCAAACAAUAUUCCAAAUUUUCUGUUUGCGCUUCCAAAUUUGAUUAUCGUCGCAUAUUCAUCCUUUUAUUAUUCGUGGAUUUAUCCUCUAAAUAAGUUGAAACCUUUAAUCGUAAUAUCUAUGGCGUUUUGGAUCUUAAUGUUAUUUAUUGCGAACACUCAAAUUAUAAAUCGUGUAGUAACAUUCAUACCUUUACAUCUAUGGUACAUAUCUGAUCGACUGGUUAAAAACUUUAGUGAUCAUAAAAUAGAAUCUGUGACAAAAGAUGAUGAUCUUUUGGUAAAAUAUUAUAUAUAUUGGCUGGUUAUGUGGUUACCAGUACAAACAAUAUUAUUUGCCAGUUUCUUACCACCUGCAUAA